AUGCAUGUAGGUCAAGAAAUUGACGAGAUGGAGGAGCGGCGCCUGAACAAGGCACGGAUGCGUCAGAAAAAAUGGGUUCAACGCCAAGAGCGGUCCAAGCUCACCCGAGAGGAAAUCGAGCUCCUGAAGCUAAAACGGACGGACCUCCGUCGAAAGCUGGACGAUCGCGAGGCUGCGGGAGAAACCAACGCCAUGGAAAGUGCGGAGGACACCUAUACAUACUUUAUAGAUCUGCCGAUUUCUCAGCGUACGAUUCUAGGGCUGGAGCGUGGAAACUACAAGAAAUUAACCCCCAUUCAGAGCGACGCGCUUCACCUCGCACUUGCGGGGUAUGAUGUGCUCGGCGCCGCCAAAACCGGCUCGGGUAAGACGCUUUGCUUCGUGAUUCCGGUUUUAGAGCAGCUGUUGGUGGAGCACUGGGAUUCGGAUAUGGGGGUGGGGGCGAUCAUCCUCAGCCCGACGCGAGAACUCGCGCUGCAGAUCUUCAAAGUCAUCCAGGUGGUUGGGUUUAAACACGUCUUCUCGGUAGCCUUGCUAACCGGCGGUCGCGACGUGGAGGAGGAGCGAAAACGACUCCAGAUGAUUAGCAUCAUGAUCGGCACGCCCGGCCGCGUGCUGCAUCACUUGCAGGAUAACUCGAAUCUGGCUCUGGAUAACCUUCAAAUCCUCUGCAUGGACGAGGCGGAUCGGCUGCUGGAUUUGGGCUUUCGGGAGGCCAUUUUGAGCAUCCUGCGUUACCUCCCGCCGCGGCGCCAGACGCUGCUCUUUUCCGCCACCCAAACGAGCGACGUCGAGAUGCUCGCGCGGAUGUCGCUGCAGGCCCCGCGCUACGUCUCCUCCCACGCGAUCACCAGCGCCCCGACGCCCUCCACGCUUUGCCAGAACUUCCUCAUCGUCGAGCUGCAUCGCAAACUCGACGUUCUUUUGAUGUUUCUGAAACGCCACCCGAACGACAAGAUCGUCGUUUUCGUGAGCACGUGCAACCAGGUCCGCUUCAUGUACCUCAGCUUCUCGAAGCUCCUGAAGAAGAUGCGCAUCCCUUCGAUGUGUUUGACGAGCAAGAUGAAGCAAUUCCGCCGGGAUGAGGUAUUUAAGACGUUCUGUCGAUGCAAGUCGGCGGUUUUGUUCUGCACGGACGUGGCGGCGCGUGGGUUGGAUUUCCCGCUCGUGCACUGGGUGGUGCAGUACGACUGCCCGGAUAGCGCGCAGACGUAUAUCCAUCGCGCCGGCCGCACCGCACGCGCGGGCGCACGGGGUGUGAGUUUGCUCUUUCUCACCCCAAGCGAGGUCCCGAUGCUUUCGUACCUCGCGAACAAAAAUAUCCCGAUGCGGGAGAUCGCGGUGAAGCCCGGGUUGAUGCAUUCCUCGCAGGAGAUCUUCGUGGCGUUGGUCGUGCAGGGGUUGAAGUAUGAAGCCCAAAAGGCCUUCAUCGCCUAUCUGCGCGCCGUCGCCUUCGCGAGCAACAAACACGUUUUUAAUGUGAAGUCGAUCGACGUCGAAGCUUUUUCAAAAUCGCUCGGGCUUCUCAUGGUGCCGGACAUGUCCGAGUUAUCGCAGCUCCAGCGGAGUUCUAAGAAUCUUCCGUGGGAUGUCGUGAACUACCUCGCCUCAAAGGCUGGAAAGAACGCGAAGAAGCAGGACGAAACCGCGGAGGAGAGGCAGGCGCAGUUCACCAAGAAAGAACGCCGUCUUCAGGCUUCCGAUAUGUUUCGUGUGUUAGAGCAAAAGCAGCGAUACACCGCACCACAAAACGCGCUUGGUGAUGAAACUAGAGAAGACAGGGAUGACGACGCAUUCCUUGUCAAAAAGAGCAAAAAUGUCGAUGAAGUCGAGGAGGUGAAGGAAAAGAUGCAACUUACGGCUGAGGAACGACUCGCCGGGCUUUCCAAAGCAAGGCGUCGAAAGUUCAUUGAGAAUCCGGACGUCCGAGUGAAGGAUCUCGGCCUAAACACUCGGAUUGUCUUUGCUAAUAGUGAUGAGGAUGAGGAAGAUACCGCCGCAGAUCCCCAAGAGCAAAUCAGCCACGCCGUCGUCCGUUCGCAUGAGGCUUCGCACGGUUCGGAGGGAAGCGAGGGGUCGGAGGUGGAAAAAAUGGAUAACGAAGACGACUUCACAAAACACAUUCAGCGGCGCGUUUUAGCUCAUAAAGAAGAGGACGCUGGCCGCGCCAAGCAGGUCCGACAUCUGCGUCGUCUCCAGCGAAGUGGCAAGAUAUCACGAAAGACCACGCUCGAGGAGUGCGGUAAGAAUAGCGAACGAAACCCAAAAGACGAGAUGGAGACGAGCAGCAGCGACAGUGGGGACUUCGAACGAAGCGAUUCGUCCGCCUCGAGGGAUGAGUUUUAUCACUCGGAUGGUCACUCGUCGGAGGGGGAAAGUUCAUCGGAGGAAUAUUCACGGGCUGUUGUGGGAACACGGCGAGGGCGGCAGAAUGACCACCGCGACAGCGAAAGCGAGGUUGAAAGUGAAAUGGAAAGCGACCGACGUAACAAACACAAUGACGCUAAUCACGGUGGGAAAAACGUGCGGCAAGCCAAGAAGAAGCGAAUGUGA